AUGCGGAAAUAUCAAAACGGUCGAGAAUCCUCGUACGAUAGCUCACCCCUUCGCGAUAGUUCGGCAUCCAUCGGGGAGUCAGAGUACACAAAAUCCGCGGCAACGUCUGUGGAGAACUGGUCGAGGGUGAUGGACGCCGCAAACAGCUCGAGGGCCAGCUACUCCGAGAACAGCAGCACAUCGAAUAUCUCUGUGGAACCGAUUGCGCUCGCGAAAUCGAUCGAUAACACCAGGGCGCUGUUUAAGAAGAAAUCUCUCGUCCAGGUCAUCAACAAUUACAUCAAAGCUGGGAUCGAGGAAGGGAAACGACAGGCGAAAAAAUACUUACGCAAAGCACUCUCAUUUGGCGUGAAGUCCGGCUACCUAAUUCCAACCGAUCCCCAAGGACAAGUGAUUCGCGUGUCUCCAACGCUAAUGGAAUUGAAGAAGAACGACGCGGAGUCGCGCAAGAGGCGAAGAAACGCACGAAGGGGUGUGGACAACCCGAUAUCUGAUAAUAAAGUGACACGAAGACCGACUCCACCGUGGGGCAUGCAGAAAUAUCGCGAGGAUACACCGAAACCGGAGAAGCCUCCUCGAAAACGGAAGAAAACUUCUGUUUUGACAAAAUGGCCCGAGAAACGACCGAGGAGGACUACCAGCAAGAAGUCUCCGGAGCGUGUUCGACGUGGCAAAAAAAAGACGACGAAAAGAAAAAGUAAGACGAUAAUGUGCCACCUGUCCAACGUUACGCCCGACAAAAGCGAGGAGGACCUGCAGGGAAUAAGGAGGACUCGAAGUAUGCACAGACAGGCGACAGUCGAGAAGAAACAAGACCGCAGAAGACGAAGGACCAAAUCCCCUCGCGCGAGGAACGAGGAUCAAGAGAGUUCCAGAAAGAAUUGUAACGAGUCCAGCGACGAGGACGCGGAUGACAGUGCGAAACACAGCGGAAACGAAGCGGACGAAGUGGUAGAACGACGAAAAUCAACGACCAGCCGAGAGGAUGCUUCGCGAAAUAGCAACGUACCGCCGGGAAAUUCUGCGGGAGAAGUUGAAGAAACACUGGGAUUACCGAACGAGGAGAACAACGAGAACAACACGCUUGAAUACGUGAACUAA